UGCAUCUUGCAUGUUGCAACCAGAAAGAAACUUUUCUAAUGGCUGCUUCUUCCUCUUCCUCGUCCAAUGAACUUCCAGAGUCAUGGCAAGUGUUCAUCAACUUCCGUGGGAUGGAACUACGCAACAACUUCGUCAGCCAUCUUGAGAGAGCUCUAACAGAGGCUGGAAUCAACUAUUACAUUGACAAUAAAGAGAUGCGGAGCGAAGAUCUCAAAGUCCUUUUCAAGAGAAUCCAGCAGUCACAGAUCGCGUUGGCCAUCUUCUCGAGCAUGUACACGGAAUCAAACUGGUGUUUGGACGAGCUCGUUGAGAUCAUGGAACAAGUGAAGAAAGGUCAACUCAAAAUCAUCCCUAUCUUCUUCAACGUGACCCCAGAGGAGGUUAAAGAUGAGGGAGGACAUUUCCGCUAUAUGAUGUAUAGAGAAAGUAGAAAGAAAGGAUCUGAUCUCCAGAAGUGGGAGAACGCGUUAGAGUCUGUUCCAAGCAAAAUGGGCUUGACAUUGAAGGAAUGUAAUGGGAGCGAGCGGUUGCUUGUUGAAAAGAUUGUUAAGUCGGUCAAAAAAGUCCUAGCUCAACUAGUAAGCAGACCAAAUGUUCUUCCUCAAGAUACCUCACAGGUAAGUUCUGGUGGCGAUACUUCCUUUCAAAUGCCUAAAGAAAAGCCUGUCUUCGAAGAUGAAAUGAAUCGACGCCUGAAGCAAUUGGAUGAAAAGAUAGAUAUCGAUUGCAAAGAAACUCAAGUUCUUGGAAUUGUUGGGAUGCCUGGGAUUGGUAAAACCAAUCUUGCGGAAUUGCAUUUCCAUAUGAAGAAAACCAAGUUCUUGUUUAGGAAGAUUAUCUCAAGCAUCCGUGAGAAGUCAGAACACCAAGAGCCUGACUGUCUGAAGAAAGAGCUUCUGACUGGUCAAGACUAUAAUGAUGACGCUUCUAUGUUCAAUAAGAAACUCUUUUUUGUUCUUGAUGACGUGAGCGACAAGAAACAAGUAGAUUUUCUAGUCGAAAAUCUCAGCUUGAUAAAGAAGGGAAGCAAGAUUGUCAUUACAACUCGUGACAAAUCAUCAAUUGCAGGACUGGCUCAGGAGACAUAUGUGGUCCCUGGUUUAAACGAUAAAGAUGCAUUGGAGCUCUUUGAAUAUCAUGCCUUUGCAGACCAAGUCUCUAGCACCAAAGGGAAUUUCCCCAAGCUGUCCAAACAGUUUGUGGAUUACGCUGGAGGCAAUCCACUAGCCCUUGAAGAGUUGGGAAAGGAGCUUCAUGGGGAAGACGAGGCUCAUUGGGAAAAGAGACUAGUAACGCUGCCAUACCGGUGCAACCCAAAGAUACUAACCGAGUUGAGAACCAGCUAUGACAAGCUGAGUUAUCAACAGGAGGAUGCGUUUCUCGACAUAGCUUGUUUCUUCAGGUCAGAGGAGGAAGAUUAUGUCAAGUGUUUACUGGAUCAGUAUGACUCCGAGUCUGGAGAAGAUGCUGUUAGAGAACUAGCUGAAAAGUUGUUGAUCAGUAUCUCUGCGGGCCGAAUAGAGAUGCAUAAUAUACUGUGUACAUUUGGCAAGAAACUUGGUUCAUCAUCCCAUGAAAAUAAGUCAGGGGAAAGAAUGUGGGCUUAUAGAACAAUAACUGAAACACUAUGCUUGAAAGAGAUGAUCAGCCCUGACCAGACCAAAAAGGGAGAGAGAAAGGUGAGAGGCAUUUUCCUAGACACGUCCAAAGAAGAAAAAGUGGGAACACACCCAAUAUGGAAAUAUGGAAAAGAUGAUACGAAAAUACCAUUAGACAUGAAAGCUUUUACCGACAGGUUCAACCAGAUGGAUCUUCGAUACCUCAAGAUCUAUGACUCUCUUUGUCCUCAGAACUGUAAAGUAAUCUUGCCGGACGGACUUGAGUUUCCAUUUCAAGAGGUCCGUUAUCUCCACUGGCAGAACUUUCCGUUGGAAGAACUUCCACAAGACUUCAACCCACAGAAUCUCAUUGAUCUCAGGCUGACUCAUAGUACGAUGAUUGAACGUCUUUGGGAAGCUGUUACGGAAGUGCCUCGGUUGAAGUGGGUUGAUCUGAGUUACUCGGUUAAGUUGACCGACUUAUCAGCAUUGUCAAAUGCAUAUCAUCUUCGAAGGUUAAAUCUUGAAGGCUGCAAGAUUCUUGAGAAGUUGCCUGGAGAUAUGGAAAACAUGAAGAGCCUUGUUUUUCUGAACCUCAGAGAUUGUGUAAUGCUGUCUUCUCUGCCAGAAAAUCUGGCUUUAGUCUCUCUGAAAACCCUCAUCCUCAGUGGCUGCUCAAGGUUUACAAAAUUUGAUCUUAUAUCUAAAAAUCUUGAGUUUCUUCAUUUAGAAGGCACUGCCAUCUCGAGUCUUCCCUCGACCAUCCAAGACUUCAAGAAACUUGUGUUACUAAAUCUUAAAAACUGUAAAAGGUUGGAGUCUCUUCCCAAUUGUCUGGAAAAGCUGAAGGCUCUUGAAGAACUGAUGCUGUCAGGCUGUUUCAAGCUCAAAGGUCUUCCUGAAAUUAGAGAGAAGAUGGAAAAUCUUCAGAUUUUACUACUUGAUGGAACCUCAAUACAGUGUCUUAGCGUCAACGACCACAUAGUUAACCAACAGCCACUCCAGAUGAAUAGCUUAUCUAUGUUGCGGCGUCUCUGCUUAAGCAGCAAUGAUAUGAUCUACAGCUUGCAAUCUAGCAUAAGUCAACUCUAUCAUCUGAAAUGGAUCGACUUGAGGUAUUGCACCAACCUCACGUCUCUUUUAACGCUUCCACCGAAUCUUCAAUACUUAAACGCACAUGCCUGCACAUCGCUAAAGACAGUAGCGAGUCCUCUUGCUCGUCUCAUGCCAACGGAUCAGAUCUCUUCUUCAUUCAUCUUCACUAACUGUGAUAAGCUAGAGCACGCGGCAAAGAACGAAAUUAUAUGCUACGCUCACAGUAAAAGCCAGCUCUUGUCAGAUGCACUGCAUCGUCACAACAAGGGUGUUGCGUUUGAGAAUUUGGUUGCCACUUGCUUUCCUGGAAGUGAAGUUCCUGUGUGGUUCAGUUACAGAGCUUCAGGAGCAGUGUUGGAGCGAGAGCUGCUUCCAAGCGACCAUGGGUUUGUUGGCAUAGCUUUAUGUGCUGUUGUCUCGUUUGAGAACUACAAAGCCCAAAACAACAACUUCAUGGUGAAGUGCUUAUGUGAGUUCAACAACGUCGACACGUCUUCUAGCUUCUUCAGUUUCCAUAUAGGAGAUUUAUCCGAGGAGAAAGACGACCAACGCACGAUUAAGUCUACUCACGUGUUCAUUGGCUUCACCAGCUGGUUGAAUAUCAACCAUUGUCAAGAACUAGGCCUUAGGAGAAGGUGUGGUCCUUCUAAAGCUUGCAUUUCGUUUCUAGUCACAGACGGUACUCGUGAGGUUGCAAAAUGCAAGGUACUGAAGUGCGGUUUUAGUUUGGUUUGUGAAUCUGGUAAUGGGUCUUGGGAUGCAAACGCUGAGGCAAGUGACGAUGCAAGUUCAGAGGUUACUGAAUCUGAUUAUUAUUUUCAGGAUGCAAUCGAUGGUCCAACAGAUAGUGAUGACGAUUCUUCGAGUGAACGCGCUGGCGAAAGUAGAUUAUUGGGUCUCCUUAAAAGAGGAUGGCUUAGUACUUUGUCCCCGUUUGUUUCUUCAUCCCCAUUUAGCACCUAAAUUCAACAUCCAUGUAUUCAUAAACAAUUUUUGCACCCGGAUGCAAGUGAAGUUGUUUGUUUGUGAUUUUGGA